AUGGAGGCGAUAUCGCAAGAUAUACAACUCCUCCCGGAAGCAACCCUUAAGGAAAUUAGCAAAGGGUUGUUGGUAAACUUUGUUCUGUCAUGUGAAGACAUCGACAAAGUGAACCGAGUAUGGCAGAGCUUAUUGAAGACGUUUUCGACGGCUUCAACAUCUAACACCCAUACUGUGGCUUCAUGCAAUACGCUAAGCGCAUUUCUUGACACUGCACUUACUUCAAAAUGUGAAGGAACAAGAAAAUUGGCUUUCUCCAAUGAGACUUGGUCUGCUGUGUUUGAGGUCUACAUGGCUCGCUAUAAAGAUGCAAAUCCAAAGGGGAUGAGACUAGUCCUGGAGUGCCUGGUCGGCCUCUUUAACAAAAACCCCCAGGAAACCGACAAAGAUUUAAUCAGAUCCAAGAUUACUGAGACAACCAUCCCUAGCAUUAUCCUUGGCGAGCCUCGCUCGCGACUUAAGGCGUCUUUCGUCUCUUUGGAGGCUCUACUACGGAAGGGCGCAAUAGCUCCCAUUGAGUUUAUCUCACUGGUAGAGAGCUGGCUUCUGGAGAAUCGUGAAAGAUGGAUCUCACUCCUUCAGGAGGGUUGCAAAUCUCUGUCCAUAGAUAUCAAUCGCUUCCUCGCAAGUGCUCCAAGCUCCGAGUCGAAACAAAUUGUGGCCGAGAUCCUUCUUUUGAGAUUAUUAACCCAAGCCAAAACAGCAGAACUUGCUGCUUCAUCAGGGGAUUUAAUGGCUGUUUUCUUCCAGAAAGUGAAAACCCUCGAUACGUCCGGCCCAUCCUCUCAAGAGAUUCCUCAGAACUUGUCAUCAAUUUGGGUGACUCCAGUUAGGCACCUUGCGCUGCAGAACCUGGAUAAUCUAGAGCUUAUGUCUAAUUACACCCUUCAACCCUUGUUUAAACUUGACCCUACUGGAUUCAGAGCAUUUUUAGAAAAGCUACACCUGAAGAACUUGCUCGCAGGGGAUAUGAGUGAGGCGCCAUUACCAGAGCUGACCCUUCUCUUUGCAUCGCUGCAAAUGGCAAAAAAGUUGGCCUGGUCCACGAGGACAGUAAACUACAUUCCCAAAGCAGGGUCUUCAGCCAAGGACGCCCAGAAUGCGCUCGUUCUCAAGAGCGAAAUGAUUGGCCAGUUUCUAUUCCAUAGAGAACAUAGCAUCAGGAUAGCAGCACUUUCACUCCUGAUAACGGCUCCCGCGACAACAAAGCCGGUUUCUUCGGCCACAAUAAGAGCGAUAUUGAAAGGCUUGCCAUCUAUGCACUCUGAAUCUGCAGACCCAUAUGCCAGAGGAGAGAUACUGAGCUUGAUACGCAAACUGAUUCCUCGUCUCAAAGGUGGUAUUCUGAGUGAACAUGAAAACCUGGCUGAGACAAAUGUUCCAAAUAGCAAAAGGCAUCAGCCGAAGUUUGCCCGUGACGAUUCUGAGACGCAAGAGUGCCUGAAAGAAUACCUGGAGUUAUUGAAAGAUGACCUGCGAUCUACAGCCUCUUACCCGCGCCACAUCAUGGCAUUGAAAACAUUGAUCCAUCUACUUGAAUCUGGCCUCGAUGCCCGGUACGCUGGUCACAUUGCCGCCAAACAAGCGGGAAACGUCACAAAGUGGCGACUUAACAUGGAUGUAUUUGAGCCGAGCCUGCUCAGAUUGUUGGUAGACCUUUUACUGGAUCCAUAUGAGGAAGUGCGGGCUACAUCCCUCACUUUGCUUAAUAUGUUUCCUCGAGAGGUCUUACUAAGUGGUUACGUGCAAUCUGGGUGCAGCAGGAAGCAUGAGAAGCCGCAGCUCGUGGAGGCCUUGAAUAGAGCAGAACAACUAGCAAGUAAUACUAGUAGAGCUGACCAUGCCGAUACUGUCGCUCGCCUGUAUCACAUAUUCUUUACAGCAGCAGACGAUGAUAACUCGAAAGUGGCGGAUAGCUGGUGGGAAACAAAACAAGGAGUUGUCGAUAAUCUCCUGAAGAAACUGGAAGAAAAACUAUCCCUUGCAGGUGGUCUCUUCAACUCUUCUAUGCGUGAUGCACCCUUACACGGUUACGUCUCUGCUCUUAGAUAUAUUGUGUUAACUCCUGAUUUCCAUGUCUUGAUCUCGAACGCACAGACAGGGUACAAGGCCUGGCGAGCCGUACACUCAAGGAUAGUGGCUGUUUGUGACAAGAUUUGGAUUGAAGUGAAACCCAUACUCUGUAUUGAUUCUCCGGAAGGCCACACCGAUGAGCCCAUUGACGAUCUAACCGUCGGCCCUAAGGAUAUCCUUUCUUAUUCUUGGCGUGCACUUCGGGAGUCGAGUCUCCUGCUUUACGCAACACUCGCCAAUAGGACGUACGGCCCGAAAGGAGAAUCAGGCUUGACGAAGGGUGACUUUGAGACAAUAGGAGUCGCAAGCUUCACACAGCUGGCCGAGCUUCGCCAUAGGGGUGCAUUCUCGACUGAAGCUAGAAAGAUUAUCUUCGAGACCGCAUCAAAGCUAACGCGUCGUUCCGCUGGGCUUCCUGCACUGGCCACUGGAAUUCUUUCAUCUAACCCUGGAGGGCAGCUCUUCCAAGAUGUCAUCAAGGAGCUCAUCGAGAUAUCUCACCUUCCAGUACAACAAGAUGAUGAUAACCAGGAGAUGGAGCUACCUCAAGUCCAUGCUCUGAACUGCCUGAAGGAAAUUUUCACCAAUAACAAGGUUGGCGCUCAUACAGAGCCGUUUAUCAUGCCCGCUUUGAAUCUGUCGGCUGAGCAGCUGGGGUCGCCAGUUUGGAACCUGAGAAACUCUGGAUUGAUGCUCUUCCGAGCUUUACUCACGCGCAUGUGUCGCAGGGGUAGCGGUCUAGGGUUUGGCGGUAGCUCCGGAUCGGAACCCGGCGGUAGAAUUUCUUUCCAGAAAUAUCCGGGUCUUAUUCAGCUGCUCUCUGACCUUCUGUCGUCGUCGGAUGCGAGAAAUAACGCGGAAAAGGGUGACCAUGCGAUGGUCACUGAGCGAGUCUUCCCGGCUUUGGAACUCAUUGCGGAGAAAGUCCCGAACGCUUUUGAUACAGAUGACGUGAUGCUUCUAGGACUGGUCCGGGAACAGCUCAAGAGUCCAGUGUGGGGCAUCAGAGAACACGCGGCUCGUGUUUAUGCAUCCUUGCUGAAUCGCCCUGACAUUCUGAAAGAUAUCCAAACACUGCUUGAUGUUGAUCGGGAUUCGAAGUCACAGGACUAUCUUCAUGGAAAGGCACUGUCUAUCAAGUAUGCUCUGCGCAGAUUCGGAUCUGCGUCGAUCUCGUUCUGGAAUGAGCAUAUCCACGAAGUAUCUGCGGCCCUGCGACAGAUCUUUGCCACAUUGUUCCCAGUUGCCGAAUCUCCAUUCGUUGCGAACACUUUGCUGGAGAUCCUUGGCGAAUCGGUGGAGAAGAGCUUUGAGUUAGGAACGGAAGAAAAACUGUUGAUGACUAUUUGCUACACAUACGACUCGUACGGAUUUCAAGAUAUCCUGGAGUACCUCUUUGAUACGUCGAGUCCUAAUUACAAUUCAUUGAGCACAACUCGUGCUUCUUCUAUGCUCCGGAGAUCUCUUUCGUGGGUUGGAGCACUGCAAAUGUUUGUGACCGGUGAAUUGGAUGAGCUGGCGCCAUUCAUCAAGACCAUUUCGACGUUCGAUCCCAAUGCUGGUGUAUGGCUGCUCCAGCAGAUACAGGAUGUAAUCGGAGGAAAGGAAAAAUACCGAAAGACCUUGCUGCAACUGUACCCUUCAAUCAUCCUGGGUGACUACUCCGAAGAUGUGAAGGGUUCAGCUAUCUCAUCCCUAGCAUCCAUCCUGGAAGAUCUACUUGACUUCCAUCAUGAUAAAUUCAAGGACGUGCACUUGCCAUGGGAGGAUUUAGACCAACAUAUUAACUCCAAACCGAAUGGUGAAGUGUGGAGCAGGGACCGAUCAGACGCCGAGAUACGUCUCCAAGGAUGUCUUCUCGCAGCCAAGGCUAUUUCCAACCAAGGUCAGAUUUCCGAGACGGACAUUCGCAGAUGGGCCACGAAGCUCCGAUUCGCGAUGGAAGAAGAAACGGAAUUUACCACUCGAGAUGCCGCAGUGACCUCACUAACAGCAUUUGCACGCGUACUGCGGAGCAAAGGCAAAGCUCCACUUGUGGACAAGGUGUACUUGGAGAUCUACCUUAUCCUAUAUGAUAUGCUGAGCGACGACGACGAGGAGCUGCGUGAUAUGGCCGCCGGAACUGCCUCCUGGGUCCUGUCAUACUCCUCCGUGGCCCCCUCUAAGACAGUUGCCUUGUCUCCCUUGAACGCUGGCCAGCUCCUUGCCGACUUCAUGGUCGAUAACUACCCCGAGUCUCAACUCUUGUCCACUAAAGCAAUCCACUAUAUCACCGGAGAAGAGCCGAAGCUCAGCGGCUCUGUCGAACGCACAAAGCUUGCCACGGUAGAGGCACAGCUUGCCGAGCUGAGAAAGGAGAGCACAACCUUGUUCGAAGAAGAGAGACAAAACUUGUUCAUCGAGGAAAUCCGUGAAGUCGAUAUCUGGUCCUGUAGACUUCUCGGGCUGAGAGAAGCUGCUUUCAGCGAGCGUCUAGUUAAAGAAACCUCGAAAUGGGUCUCUGACGGCCUCUCAUACGUCGCAGAUAUUAUGACAACCGAGUCCGAAAAGGACGGACUGGUCGGCUGGGCCUCAAAGCCAGAAACGUUCACCCUGGGCGUGAGACUGAUUAGCCUCGCAACCGUGCUAGUGUCAGAGGAGUUUGCAGCUUCUGGAUACCUCUAUGAAGACCGGACUGCUCUCAAGGAGAAGCUGCAGAGGUUACUUGGCAAUGGGGAAACAGCAUUGCUGCAUGAUAACUGGAUUGCGAGAAUACAGAGUGCAUUGGGUAUUGAGGGUUAG